AUGAGACAAGUGGGGGCUGAGGCGGACUUUUUUAGGGCUGUAGCAACAAAGGAUUUGACACUCCUGCGGCGUCUUAUAGCAGCCAAAAAGGAUGUCAAUAUACGUGGUGAGCGCAAUCGCACCCCACUGCAUAUGUGUGUUUGGGACAACUAUGUAGAUGGGGCACGCGUCCUGCUGGAAGCAGGCGCCGACAUCAACGUGUAUGAUGAUCUGCAUGACACACCGUUUCUCCUUGCUGGUGCGGAGGGUCGCGUGGAAAUUAUGAAGUACAUGCUGAAGUAUGCCAAACCAGACUUGACGCUGUGCAACCGUUACGGUGGCUCGGCGCUUAUUCCAGCAUGUGAGCGCGGUCAUGUGGAGAUGGUAAAUUUGUUGAUAAAAGCUGGCGUCAAUGUGGACCACGUAAACGAUUUUGGGUGGACGGGACUGCUGGAAGUGUUGGAACUUGGCGGCGACGAUUUGGACCACGUCGAAAUCACAAAGGCGUUGAUUGCGGCGGGUGUAGAUGUGAACCUCGCCGACAGGGAGGGGAGGACGCCACUUUACCUGGCAAAAAAGCACAACCUUAAGCGCAUCACGAAACUUCUUGAGGAGGCAGGGGGCCGAGUAUGA